UUCAUCAGUUACUCGAAACUAUUCCGACUCGAAACAUAGAAAAACAGAUUUUAUUUAAACGAUUAUUUUAAGAAAGAAAAUAGAAAGAGACAAACAGAAGUUAUUAAAGUAAAAUAAUUUUUAGCUAAAAAUAAAUAAUAAGAACCCUAAAUUGAUGGAAAACUUAGGACCCGUUGUGCGCGCGGUGAAUCUCAGGUAAACAUGUACCUGAGAUACAAUACAAAACGUUUUGUAUAAAUGAUAUAAAAAGCCAAAAGCCCAAGAAAAUAAUAGUGUACACUAUUAUAACCAUAAUAACUUAACAAUAAUGAGAUAAUCUCGAAAAAGAGAAAUGUUAAUCAACUGUAACGUAUUGUGAUAUAUUUAUAUGAGAACCAAACUAGUCUAAAGAAAGGAAAAUAUCUGUGCCGUAGUCAGAAGAAAACUAAAAAUACUCUUCAUUCUAUCAAAAGGAAAGAACACAAAAAUUAUAAUAAAAAAGAAACAGAAAUGGCUGAACAGGUAACCCAAAAUCAUAUCCAGAAUGAUUUGAAUAAAAAUAAAGGAUUUAAGAUGCACGACUUCUCCAACGGAUUCGGAUCGCAGGGUAUACAGCGAGAACGUAGCUUCGUACGCAUAAACAACAACUCCAACAAUCAACAAAACAAUGCGAACAAACGGAGAAGUCUAGUAUUUCAACAACAAAUGAGGGGAAAGCCGGCUCUAGAGAUUUAUCGGCCACCAAAAGGUUUUUACUCAGACGUACGCCUUGAUGGUCCUCAAAACAAGCUGAAUGUUCAUGCACAGGAGUUUACCAUGGGUAGGGAACAAUUGCAAAAUUCCCGGUCUUCAAUUGCCAUUUAUCCCUCACAUAAUUCAGCAUUGCUGCAACACUCUAAGUCUAGCGGAAAUAUGCAGCAACAACUGCAAAUGGCUGCAGCUCGGCAUGCUGUUCAGAUGGCAGCCAAUAUGAAUGCAGGUGGUCCGAGGACAAUAAUGGUAUCACACCCCUUGCAAUUAUCACCGAUUGGUGUUGCUAUGCAAACACCUCAAAUGUCACUAGUCAAUUCGACAACUAGCGGAAAUAUAUUGCAUUCUGCUUCAAGAGUUAAAUUUGCGCCCGAACCACAAAUUCAUCACACUCAACCUUCUCAACCGCAACAACAGCCACAGCAACAACAAUUUCAACAAAAACUCAAUAAUCCAACGAACUCUCUUCAGCGAUCCAAGUCACUAUCAUCAGCUGAUGCUAUUGCUCGGGGGCUAGCUGGACUAGGUAUGGGUGGCGAUGCGACGGAUAUUGGAACAUUUAUACCAGAAAUCCAGUCACUUAUCGAUCAAUCUCAACAAGAUCCAAACCAACUUAAUGCGAGAUCAUUAAUGGAGCUGGCUAAUCACAUCAUGCAGAGAGCCGUAGAAGGAAGACGCUAUGCUCUUCCUACGUCUCGUUUUUGCAUAUCAAUAAUAGCCAAAGAGCGGAAGGAAACAUUUUUAGAGUCCCUUCUAAACACUUGUCGUCAAUGGUAUCAAGAACGGGAUAAAGUACUGGGAUCAUCACAAAACAAUAAAACUAAUUCUAGACCUCGAUUCACUGCCUUCAUGGCCUUUUUAACGGAAAUGUUUUGUCAAUUGAAACGACGUCAACUACAACUUCGCACCAAAUGUGAUGGCGUUCCGCCACCAUUAGUUUUAUUGACGCUGCUAGCCAAGUGCUGUGAAGAUUGUGUAAAAGCUCCUGUUCGAUCAUUAUCAGAGAUUGAAUGUCUAUUUUUCGUCCUGACCUGCAUCGGACGAGAUUUAGAAAGUCAUUUACCGCAGCAGCUUGAAGCACUUUUAUCAUCUGUAAGAGAUGCGUUUUUAAAUUCAAGUGCAUCUGCACCGGCCAUUCGUCGAACAUUAUUGCAAUUAAUCGAAUUGCAAGCAUCACGGUGGCAAUUACCUGGUAAUACGGUUUUGUAUUACUAUCCAUCGACGAAAUAAAUAACGAAGGACAUCAAUAGUAUGUCCAGCAUUGUGCCCGUUGGACCAUAAUUUACCAUAACCAUUUUAACUAGAACACAGCAGUGCUAAACAGUCAAAAUUAAUCCGAUUAUCGAAUGGCAUUUAUUUUAAAGGCUAUGUUUAUAAAGAUAAAUUAAAUGUUUCGGCUCACCGCUUUUCAUUUUAUCGCUACCAUAAAGCACAGCAAAAUACAACAUUUUUGUUCAUAAUUACCUACCAACAAAAUGUGUUGAUGUUCAUGAUAUAGAAAGUGAAUUCAGUGAUUUUUUAAUUUUAUGCGAAAAUGUAAGGUAAACACUUUUGUUCAGAAACUAUUCACUAAUUUCUUUGCACAUAGUGCGAGAUCAAUGGCAUAUAAUGUUCAAUCAACGCGGUGGAUUCCGUCUGUUUGGCACGAUCAAAGAUUUACCAAUAAUCCCAAAAAAAACUUUUACUUUUUGUCUGGUGUCAUUCAUUCCCUACUCAAUUUGCAUCGCAUUUUAAUAAUGACCGAAAUGUUCGGUAAAGAACAACGAGCAAGCUCCAGCUAUAAAUAUGGACUGCAAUAAUUCAGAUUCGAAUUAAUUGCAACUUAAAAAUUAUGGAA